AUGCUAGCGGCCAGAAGCGGGCAGGGUGUGAUCAUGCCCCCCAGCAAGGGCAAGAUCAACUCGGGCGGGGGGUUUCCAGGAUUUACACCAGCCUCAAUAAGACCACACCACACCACACCUAACACCACACCACACAACAGAUAGGUAGCAGCAGCAGCAGUGUUGUCCUGAUGAACCACGGGCAGCAAUUGAUUGCAUCAUCCAGCGGCCUGUGUGUGUGUGCACGUGUGUGUGUGUAGGGUACGGAGGAGGGCGGAGCGGUCGUCCAGUUCAAUGUAGAGUGCGGAGAAACGGUGGAGGGGCAGCAGGUCUUCGCGUGCGAGCCGCACGAGCUGGGCAACCUCAACGGGGGCGACGCGUUGAACCUCGCCAAUGCCGUGCCGCUUAGGACAUCCUCUGAGGUCUACCCCAAGUGGACAUCCGAGCCAGUCGUCCUCAAGACCGUUCCCCAGACCGGCCACUUCAAGUACAAGUACUACAAAUACGACCCCAACACUGAGGGGCACACCUGGGAGACCACCUAUGGCGCAGUGCGCCAGCAUCGCACCAUGCCCGUCAAGAUGGGCCAUAAGACCACCCAACACGACGUAUGGGAGGUCGUCCAGGCCAAGAGCACCACCUACGAUGAGCUGGUCCGAGGUGGGUAGGUGGAUUGACGAAGGGAGGGAGGGCGGGCGGGCGGAUCUGUAUGUGUGUGCGCACAACAUAAUCCUCUGUGCCUGUGUAGCUGUUCCCAAGAGGGCCAUCGAGGACGACAACGAGUCAGAAGGCCCCAAGAAGGUGCGGCACCGCACCCACGACAACCAACAGCUGACGCGUCCACUAUACUCUUGUUUGUGUGUUCUGUCUGUUGCGCUGGUGGCCGGAUGUGCUGUGCUGUGCUGUAGCGGGGCCGUUUCGAGGACGAGGUAGCCGUAGCUGCUGCUGCUGUGCAGACCGACACGGAUCAUCAGGUAAGUAAGGUUCGCAUCCGUGUGUCUGUGUGUGCUCAUCUUCAUCUUUUGGGUACUCGAUGCCAUUCACCUCAUCAGGCCUCUGCACAUGGAAUCCAGGCUCACGAGGAGGCCGGCGUAGAGGUAUGUGGGCGGGCGACCAUGUGGCAGGCAGAUGUGUUUUGUUCUACUCUACACACCGUCGCCCUCAACUGUGUGUGUGUGUGUGUGUGUGUGUGUGGCCGUCAGGAGGAGGGUAAUCUGGGCGAAAAGUUGGUUGAGGACGGGGAGUUGGUUGAGGACGUUGGUUGAGGAUGGUGUUGAGGACGAAUGGUUGAGGACCAGAACACUGGUCGCUGGUGUUGGGCCCUGGCGCCGAGCUGGAUGGAGAGGGAGGCGGAGACGACCAAGCCGAGGCGGAGGAGGCGUCACGAGAGGGGGGAGGGGAGGGGGAGGGAGACGAGGAGGAGCAAAACGAGAUUAUCGAGGGCUGGUUCAACCUGCGGGGCGAGAUGCGUGAGGAUGGGCUGCUGCGGGGGGAGGGCAAGGGGGAGGAGGUGCUGAUCGGCGAGCCGAGUGUGUCGUACGGCCUCGGGAUGAUCAACUUGCCGCCAUCAGAGGCCGCCCACUCAUCGACACCGUCAUGGAGAUGGCAGGGCCAGAAGCCGACCCGGAGAGGAUGGAGCUGCUCAUGGGGAUGGAGUGGGAGGAGGCGCGGAGCUCCUUUAUGA